UUGCUCAAGUCUCGACAUUACUGGACUGGCCAGAGAGCUCCCAGUAUGGAAGAGCCGACUUCCCAGCUUUCUGAUGAGGAGUUUGUGGACAACUUCCCUACGAUGGAUGAAGAAAGAAUCCAGCUAGAUGAUCCAGAGUUUGAUGUAGACUUGCUUCCUCUGGAGUUUGAGGAAACUGUACACUGUUCACCAAAAGAAGAGGAAGUGAAUGCCAAGAAAAUGCAGAAGACAACCACCAAAAACACCGUCCAGGCGUUUCAUCUCCGCAGGAGCCUGAACCUCCUAGACAAGCUGGAUGAGGAGAAGAGCCUCUGUAUCCAGAAGACCAGAGGGGAGCUGCAUGUCUGUCGUCAGAGGAUGGACCUCCUCACCAAACAGCUGGAGAGCCUGGCAGCUGAGAUCGCCACGGAGAGAGAAGCCAACAACAUGGCUGCUGUGGGCCGCCUUCAGGCUGCAUCCAGGUGCCGGCAGAAGGAGCUGGAGAGUGAGAAAGACCUGCAGUCCAAGAUCACGGCCCUGCUGAAGGACAGCGAGAAUGCCAUGUGGCACAUUGAGAUGCAGAAGGGGCAGUUUGAGGAAGUCCGGAAGCACAGUGAAGAGGAAGCAGAAGCUAGGCAGAGGAGCCUCGAGGUGCACGCAGCGCAGCAGCUCCAAAAGGAGAAAGAGGCACUCGAGAAGGUGGAGCGGAACCGCCUGCUGAGGGCCCGGAAAUCUUUGCAUGUGCAAAAGGAGCUCGGGCUGAGACAUCAGAAGCUGGUGGACGAUGCCCAGAGGAACCACAGAGUUGCGGUGAAGUUCCUGAAGGCCUCUCUGGGGAGAAUUCGUGAGCGGGAGCAGAAGGAGGAGAUGGAGUCCCGCAAGCACAUGAGACGGCGCAUGGACGCGGUGUUGGCGCUGAAGAACAACAUCACUGCCAGUCGGGAAACACUAAAGAAGUUCCAAACAUGGGGCCAAAAAAAGGCAGAACUGGCUACGCAAAAGGCCCUUAACGAGAAAGAAGUGAUCCUGGCCCAGGGUGGAGAUGCGUUCAAGCACCUUUCCCAUCAGCGCAGACACCAGGAACUGGAAGCCCAGAGGCGGGCUUUUGAAGAGGAGCAGAAACUCCGGAAGCAGGAAAUUGUAAGCCGGAUUUUGAAAGAGGAAGCUGAGGAAGAGCACAGGAGGAAGAGACAGCAUCCCCCCUGUAAGGCCACAGACAAGUGGACUCUGAGAGACAGGACCUGGAAGUACAUCUCUGACUUCUGUGAAGGGAAGACCGUCAAGACUGACACCCACCUGCUGGAAAAUGAGAUGGCGUUUCAACCCAAACCUUUCUGUCUACUGAAAGCCAUAUCCAGCGAGUCCGUGCAGGUGGACCUGGGAGCCAGCAGUACAGAGGAUGAGAUACUGGCUGAACCAGACAUCCCAGGGCUUUGGAGCAAAGAGUACAAAUCAUAUCAGCUCAAGGUGCCCAGGGAAGACAUGGACCGAAAACCGGUGGGUGGAACUAAGAUGGACAAGGACAUCCUGGCUCGUACUGUGGAGAGGCUGCGCAGUGGGGUGGUCCACAAGCAGGUGGUAUCUGGGCGAGAGUUCAAGGGUCGCCCAUUCAACAGCAAGCCCGAGGUCAUCCACUUCAAGGAUUUUGAUAUUGGCAAAGUGUACAAGAAGAAGAUCACAUUGAUAAAUGCUACCUACACAAUCAACUACUGCAAGCUGGUGGGUGUGGAGGAGGAACUGAAGGACUUCAUCCACAUUGACUUUGACCCCCCUGGUCCCAUGUCAGCCGGCAUGUCAUGUGAAGUUCUUGUCACCUUCAAGCCUAUGAUAAAUAAAGAUCUGGAAGGAAAUGUUUCAUUUUUGGCUCAAACUGGCGCCUUUUCUGUUCCACUGAAAUGCUCAACGAAAAAAUGCUCUCUGUCCCUUGACAAGGAGCUCAUUGACUUUGGGAGCUACGUGGUGGGUGAGACCACAUCCCGGAUCAUCACACUGAGCAACGUUGGAGGCCUGGGCACCAGAUUCAAGUUUCUCCUUGAUUCUGAGUCCUGUGACAUGGAUGAAUCCCAACCCAUCAUAAAAAUAAGCAGCCUCUUCACCUGCGACGACAAAAAAAGCCUGUAUGAGAAGGUCAUGGCCAGUCUUGCCGAGCAGCCGCUUGAUGGCAACGAGUCCUCCCCACCCGACGUGCGCAGCCGGAAAGGGUCCGAGAAACCAGAUGAAACAGAUAUUACAGCCGUGGCCAGUGCCGUGACCAUGAUUCCCAAUGAGGAGCCGGCAGAGAUCACACUGGGGGAGGUAACAGAGGGAGAAAUUGGCCCCUUCAGUUCCAUCAAAGUACCCAUUAUCUUCACCCCAGUUAUCCCAGGACAGACCCAGACUAAGUUCAAGGUCAUGUUUAAGAAUCCACAGUGUUCCACGCUAUAUUUUAGAGCCACUGGUAUUGCCAUAGAUGUGCCAGUCUGGGUGCCAAGGGCCACUGUGGACCUGAAGAUCUGCACGUACGACCGGCUCUACCAGGACUCCAUUGUUGUCCACACAAGGUCAAAAGCGGCCCUGCGCCUAAAGUUUGAAGUCUGUAAGGAGCUGAGAGGCCACAUAGAGCUGCUACCAGAAACAGGCUACAUCCAGGCCCAGUCCUCCUACUCCGUUCAACUAAAGUUCCUGCCUCGACACUCCCUCCCAGAAGACGCAGGAAAAUAUUUUGACCCAGUCAGUCGAGUUCUGGAGGCUCCGAUGACAAUCUGGGUGGCUGACCAGAUCAAACCAGUGGAGUUCACCGUCCAAGCCAUCGUCACCACCUCAGACUUGGAAAUCAGCCCCUCAGAGAUAAACUUUGGCUACUGCACCAUCUAUGAGGCCAUCAGGACGGAGCUCAACAUCAGCAACCUCUCACUGCUGCCGCAGGAGUUUGGGUUCGUUGGACUUCCCAAGUACGUGGACAUCCAGCCCAAUGACGGGUUUGGGACGAUCUUGCCACUGGAGACUUUGCAACUCGAUGUGAUCUUCCAGCCCACUAAGGCUAAAGAAUACAGAUUCGAGUUGGUCUGCAAAUCGGAGAUAAACCGGUACUUCAAGGUGUCCUGCCUAGCAGUAGGUGUCCACCCACCCCUGGAGCUGUCCCACUACCAGAUCAAGUUUUCAGCCACUUCCCUAUAUGACACCACCGUGUCUACAUUGUAUGUCAUCAACUCCCACUUGAGCAUGAACAAGCUGAUCCACUCCGUGCCUCGAAUCGGCUCAGAGGACGCCUCCCCAGUGGGACCAACAUCCUUUGAGUUCUUGCUGCCCCCUAAUUCACCCAUCACCAUCUCACCAUCCGUGGGGACUGUGUUACCAGGAAAGAAGUGUUUGGUCCAGGUGGUCUUCCAGCCUGUACUGCCACAUGAGAUAAUCCUCAAGGAAGCCACUCAGAUCCUGAACAAAGAAAUAGAGAACAACACCUUCCGAAAAGAACCAGCCCAAAAGAAAGAGCUGUGGAAACAGUCUUUGUCUGUGGUUCGGGUUCACAACCGGGACCGACCAUCCAGGGUCUCCACUCCCCAUACUGCAGAGAUGCAGAAGCCGGUGGUGCUCAGUGCCAGUUCCAAUGAAUACCAUACCGCACAAGCCACCUUGGCCAGAGCCUUCCAGGGGAAGUUUGAGAAGUUUGUGGUCCCUUGUGUCAUUGCCAGUGGUGAUCUCAAAGACAGGAAGGCAUCAGAACCUCUGAGCUUCAGCCCCCAUAACACUCUCUAUCUGGAGCUGUGGUGUCCAGCAGUGGCUCCAUCUAUUGUGGUGACAUCCAACAAUGGCCAGACCAUCUUUAACUUCGGCGAUAUCGCUGUGGGACAUCGAAGUGUAAAGAAAGUCACCUUCCAGAACAUUUCCCCUGAGGACCUUGCCUUGGAGUUCUCAGUGCUGAACCCCAAUGGCCCCUUCGUUCUGCUAAACCCGUGCAGCAAGCUGUGCUCUGGCGAGGAAGAGACCCUGGUGCUGUGCUUCUCACCCCAUGAGAGCAUACUGGCUCAGGAAACGCUGGAGAUCAUCACCAAGAGAGGCGCCCUGACUCUCACCCUGGUGGGCACAGGUGUGGCCUCCAUGAUAACAUGCUCCAUUGAAGGUAACACCCUCAACAUGGGCUAUGUGCUCGCCAGAGAGGCCGUCUCCUCAAGUUUUAAGCUGCAGAAUGAGUCCUCACUUCCCAUAAAGUUCUGGGUGCGGCUGGAGAGCCUCUCCAAGAAAAGGGCCGAGACCCGGCAGCAGCUGCCAAAGUUCCUGGCCUCCCGUGAGCAGAGGACUGAAAUUGUUGGCACACAGAACUACAAUGGCCAGAGUGUGUUCAGCAUUGUCCCGGUUGAGGGCCUCAUGUUCCCGGGGAAGGCUCAGGAAUUUACUGUGACCUUCAGUCCAGACCAUGAGAGCCUCUACUUCUCUGACCUGCUCCAAGUGGUGCUCUUUGAAAAGAAAGUCUCCCAGCAGAUCCUCCUGAAGGGUGCUGCCCGUGAGCACAUGAUGUUUGUGGAGGGAGGAGACGCACUGGAUGUGCCCGUGGAGUCCCUGACCGUGAUCCCUGCCCUUGACCCAGAGCACAGAGAAGAAGCUGAGGAGAUGAAGCCCAUUCUGGUGACCAUGAACUAUGUCCAGUUUGACACAGACGCGCCAACCCCGCCUGCCACCCGAGAGCUGCAAGUGGGCUGUAUCCGGACCACGCAGCCAUCACCAAGGAAGACUGUGGAGUUCAGCCUGGACAAUGUGGCCUGGCUUCAGCACAAGGGCUUCUCCAUCGAGCCCGCCAGGGGUUCUGUGGAGCGCGGCCAGACUAAGACCAUCAACAUCUCCUGGGCACCACCUGCUGACUUUGACCCCGACCAUCCACUCAUGGUGUCGACUCUGCUGCAGCUCCGGGGAGAUGUGAAGGAAACCUACAAAGUCAACUUUGUAGCCUACGUGGUGGCUGGGCUCUGAGGCCACAGGAAACCGCAGAGCCUCCUGGGUGCACCUGCGCACUCGUGAAUCCCUUCCCAGGCUGUGGCCAGGCCACUCCUGCAGGACAGCGCCAGUCAGAGCCAGGGCUCCCC